AUGCCCGUAUCCCUAAAAUGCGAUGUUGACGCCAAUCCGAAAGCACUGCCUGUAUGGCAAAAGGAUGAUACAAGCCCGCCAGUACAGCAAACUCCUGAUGGGUUUCUCAACUUCACCGAGAUCAGAAGAGAACACAGCGGGUGGUACAAAUGCAUCUCCAGGCACCAUGAAAUGGAAGUUACCCAAGAACCAGAUUUUGAUAUAGGCGAACUUAGUUCAACUGGUAGACAAUUAGAAGUUUCAUUGGGUGGUGCUGUACAACUAGCAUGCCCUCCUGGUACAACAGGUUGCUGGACAAGAGUGGAGCCAGGUACAGGAAAACUGGAGCCGAUGGGAGCGUCCCAGGAACUCCGCUUAGACAACGUCCUUUAUCAAGAAGGCGGAGAAUACAGCGAAUCGUUAUCGCGCUCGUUCGGUUGGUACGACUGCGACGAGGCCGCCUCGCAACAAUACCAUCACCGCCAACUACAACCGAACACAAUGGACGCAUCAAACAGACAAAUGAUGAAUUUUCCGCGGCGACAGAGACGCACCGCGCGCGCCCACCGUUUGUCAUUUGUUAUCUGUUGGAGACAUAUUAAUUUCUAUGAAACAAUAGAAAGCGACACUCUGUUUCCCGUCAAAAGAUCGAUCCAAUGA